AGCCCCUCACGCGCCCUCCCGGGCCUUGGCGGAUCCUGGGGUCCCAUUGGCCGCGCGUCUCGAGGGGUCAAGACGCGAUUGGCCGGUGCAUUCAGCCGGAGGGAGGCACGCGGCUGGGGUGCUUGGCCCGAGAGGCAGGCGGGGGCCGAGAGGAGGGGUGCGCGCUGUGGCGUCGGGUGUUUUGGUUUGCCUUUUUUUUUUUUUUUCCGCGAAAGAAGUUUGCGUUGGCCACGCCUCAAGGCUGCCGCCUCCUCUUGCCCCCUCCCCCGCCCCUCCGCGCACACCUCUUGGUGCAGAUUGCAAAGCGCCUUCCGCUGAGAGAGCUGCAGAUUCUGCAAGAGCCGAGCUCGCCCACCUUGCAGAAGGAGCGCCUUGUGUCCCCUUGAACUCUGGGGUGCAAAGAGCCGGCUGCCUGAUUUGAUCACCCCCUCACCCGGACUGCAUGGUCUCCUGGGACCCUCUUGAGUUGCACGUUUCUGCACGGAGGACUGCGAAGCCCCGUCACUCCUAGGAUUUGCAGUGUUCUGGAUCCUGGAGGCUUGCAGGCUCCUCUCGCCCGCCCCUGGGCAGGCACUCGCCCGAACCACAGCAGUGUGCCGCUGACCGGCAGGCCAGCUCGUCGCCUCUCCAUGAGCCCGUGAGCCUACGGGCAGGUGCCCGGGGAUGGCGCGGCCCGUGAGCGACAGGACCCCGGCCCCACUGCUGCUGGGCGGCCCGGCCGGGGCCCCCCCUGGCGGGGGAGCGCUGCUUGGGCUGCGGAGCCUUCUGCAGGGGACCGGCAAGCCCAAAGAGCCAGCCAGCUGUCUCCUGAAGGAAAAGGAGCGCAAGGCGGCUCCGCCGGCAGCCACGGUCCCCGGGCCGGGCCUGGAGACGGCGGGCCCGGCGGAUGCCCCAGCUGGGGCGGUGGUGGGCGGCGGGUCCCCGCGGGGGCGCCCGGGGGCCGCGCCUGGCCCGGGUCUGUUGGCGCCGCUGCUGUGGGAGCGGACGCUGCCGUUCGGCGACGUGGAGUAUGUGGACCUGGACGCCUUCUUGCUGGAGCACGGGCUCCCGCCCAGUCCGCCGCCCCCCGGCGGCCCAUCACCGGCGCCCUCGCCCGUGCGCACGCCCGCACCCUCCCCGGGGCCCGGCUCCUGCGGCUCAGCUUCCCCUCGUUCCUCGCCGGGGCACGCCCCCACCCGGGCUGCCCUUGGGGCCGCGGGCGGCCACCGCGCAGGCCUGACCUCUCGGGACACACCCAGCCCUGUGGACCCAGACACCGUGGAGGUGCUGAUGACAUUUGAACCCGACCCAGCGGAUUUAGCCCUGUCAAGCAUUCCUGGCCAUGAGACCUUUGACCCUCGGAGACAUCGCUUCUCGGAGGAGGAACUUAAGCCCCAGCCCAUCAUGAAGAAGGCUCGGAAGAUCCAGGUGCCAGAGGAGCAGAAGGACGAGAAGUAUUGGAGCCGGCGGUACAAGAAUAACGAGGCAGCCAAGCGGUCCCGAGACGCCCGGCGGCUCAAGGAGAACCAGAUAUCGGUCCGGGCGGCCUUCCUGGAGAAGGAGAACGCCCUGCUGCGGCAGGAAGUGGUGGCCGUGCGCCAGGAGCUGUCCCACUACCGCGCCGUGCUGUCCCGCUACCAGGCCCAGCACGGAGCCCUGUGAGGCUGUCCCCCACCCUUGCCUGGCGGAGCGCUUCCCCGCCUCGCUCAGACUUGCGCCCCGACGCCCUUCUCCCUCCCCGCCCUGUGGCCCACAGGCCGGCCAGCUGGGUGCCCCAGGGACGUGACGAUGCAGAUAAAUACAUUUAUAUUUUUAAGAAAAAGUGAGCCUCCCCCCUCCCUCGCGGGGGCGGGGAGGGUCCUCUGUGUGUGCCCCUGCCACUUCGGGGACCCCAUCUUCCCACCGCCUCCGUUAACACACCCUGAAUAAAUCUUGAGAACCCCA